CGCACGACUUCUGGUCUUUCUCCUUCACCACAGCCUGACACGCAGACUCACACCAGCGCAUUCUAGUAAAACAAACGUCCUGAGCUGGGGCUUUGUUUUCUCUCUUCUCAAUCAGGUUUUUGCGUGUGCGUUUUGGUAAAAAGAUGCGCAAAACUCUGCGCAAAAUAUAACCAUUUUGGCGCUUGGAUCUGAAGACUAAAUCAGUUAUAAGAAGGGGGACAAGAACAUGUUUCCUUUGCCCAUGUUCACCGCGGAUCAGGUGGCUCGCGUGUGUGAGAACCUUGAAGAAACCGGGGACAUGGAGAGACUGGGCCGCUUUCUGUGGUCCCUCCCGGCGGCGACUCCGGGCUCUGCGGGCGAGGCGCUCCAUCGCCACGAGUCGGUGAUGCGCGCGCGAGCUCUGGUCGCCUUCCAUGGCGGCGACUUCGAGGCGCUUUACCGCAUCCUGCAAAGCCACAGGUUCACGCGCGACUCCCACGCCAAGCUGCAGGACCUGUGGCUACACGCGCACUACCGGGAGGCCGAGCGCAUGCGCGGCAGGCCGCUGGGACCCGUGGAGAAGUACCGCAUCCGCAAGAAGUUCCCGCUCCCACGCACUAUCUGGGAUGGCGAGCAGAAGACGCACUGCUUCAAGGAAAGGACACGAAGUUUGCUUAGAGAAUGGUACCUACAAGACCCCUAUCCAAACCCAUCGCGUAAACGUCACCUGGCCCAGGCUACAGGUCUCACGCCUACACAGGUUGGAAACUGGUUCAAGAACAGACGUCAGCGAGACAGAGCAGCAUCGGCCAAAAACAGACUACAACAAGACCCUGCUCUUCUUCCCUCUGGCAGCUCUCCAGAAUGUUCAUCCAGAGAUCACAAUGAGAACAGCGACUGCAGCUUGGGUUCAGGACCUCAGGACACCAGAGCCUCUACACCUGACAUAUCGGUCAGCAGCGACAGCGAGUUUGAGUCCUGAAACUUGGUUCUAAACAAAACCAGCGAAACACACAUAGAUCUCUACUAAUCCACAGAAGCUUGCAGAGACACAGAGAUGUGACACCACUAAGACUCACUCAUAAGAGACAGUUGGAGCAAAUCUACAGUGAAAAUCUGAAGCAUGUGGACCAGAUCUGGAUCUGAGACUUUAAGCGGUUUGGGUGAAUAUAUGGACCUGCACUUAAAUGGACACUUAAAAUUUGAUUGGUUGUUGCCAAAUGAAAACUUUUUUCCAUAUUUGUAACCACAGGCACACAGUUAUCUGAAAUUGCACAGCUGGAAAAUUACCAGGAAAAUAUCAGAAAGUGGUUUAUAAAGGUGAUUCAGUCAGUGCUACAUUAAACUGUUAUUUUUACCCUGUAUCAUGAAUAAAAAUAUAAAUAAAUAAAUAAAUAAAUAGAUGAAAAUGUAAAAGAGUA